AUGGAAGAGGAAACAGAGAAAUGGUUACAGCACUACAGCAGCAAGCAGAAGAUUCUGCUUGUCGGAGAAGGGGACUUCUCCUUCUCUGUGUCUUUGGCCAGAGCCUUUGGCUCUGCUGCCAAUAUCACUGCCACCUCCCUCGAUUCUUUCGAGGAGCUAGAGAGUAACUACGGUACUGAAGCAAAGGCGAACAUCGAAGAGUUGAAGGCCCUAGGGUGUACGAUCAUGCAUGGAAUUGAUGUGCAUUUCAUGAGCCACGAUGUCAAUCUACGCCCGAAACUCCAUGACAGAAUCAUCUAUAACUUUCCUCAUGCAGGGUUUGACGUCAUCUGGCAUGAGCAUGACAGUUUUUCCAUUAUGCAGCACCAGGGUCUGGUGAGAGGGUUUUUCAAGAAUGCAAGAGAGAUUAUGAAGGAAGACGGAGAAGUUCACGUGACUCACAAGACAGCGUAUCCCUUUAACAAGUGGGAUAUAGAGGCUUUGGCUGAAGAAGAGAGCCUCUGCCUCGUUAAGAAGGUUCCGUUUUGCAGGUGGGACUACCCAGGUUACCUUAACAGGAAAGGAAGCGGUUGGAACUGUAGCUCCACUUUCCCUGUCGGAGAGGCGUCUACUUUCGUGUUCCGCAAGUCUGUCACGGAAUCGGUGAUCGAUGCGUUGUCAUCUUGUAAUCUUGAUAAUUAG